AUGUUCCCAUUGGCUCUUGCCCCCUUUGCAUCCCCUCCUGCAGACAAUUGCACCUCGGGCAGUAUCGAGGACAGCGUUGUUGGUGUUGUUGUUGUUGUUGGUGGUGGUGGUAGUGGUCGAGGCGGUCGGGGUGGAGCGACGCGAAGACGCCAGGACCGAGGAGAGUCGCGGUCGGCCAGUCGGUCUUGCGAAGAGAAAGCCAAAGCCGAGACGGACGAAGCAGACGGGCUGGAGCGAGAGUCGCGAAGGACGAGUCGGGCUCGAGGCCGUGCCGGAAAGACGAUCUGCCGACCGGCCGACGAGGCGACUCGCCUCGGCCUCGUCGGCGCCUGCUCGAGCCCCACCGGCGCAGCGGGACUCGUCUCCGACCUGCCCACCAACACGACGACGGACUUCCACACGCCGGCAGAUGCGCUGUCGAGGCGGCCGGUCGACGAGUCCGGCGUCGCGAGGCCGCAAUUCGAUGAGCCCGUGCGGAUGCCCAAGAAACGAGGCCCCAAGAAGAAGCCACUCACGAAAGAGCGUGAAGUACGUCUGCGCAUUCGGAGAGUGCGAGCCAACACACGCGAGCGCAACCGGAUGCACGGGUAA